GCCCCGGCCUGACAACAACUUCCUCCCUCCCUUCAUCCAGUACACCGGCUGUAGACACGCGUACACCUGGUGAAUGUCUCAGCAAUCAACCGCAUCCAAGCCUUCUCUCUCGGGGGUCAAGAUCAAAGCAAGAAAGCGCGCCGUACAAGCUUCUGCUAAACACGAACCAGCAGUAUUCCGCGACCAACUUUACAAACAUCUCGAGACAAUCCCAGAGGGAGACUUUGACGGAUAUUAUAAUAAAUUAGUUCAAGCAGGGUCCACACUCGAAUUCCUCAAAUAUGCAGAUGCCUUCUACGAGAUCUUCUUCACUGGCGGACUCCUCCAGCCAGGAGGCCAAUACGUUCAAGACGGCGCACCGCCCUCUCCGUUCUCGAUCCUCAAAGCGAGGGACCCGCCACAGGUGGAGGACAUAAAAAAAUACAUUGACGUGCUUAAUAAAUUAGUCAGACGGUACAAAUACCUCCAGCGACCACUUGAAGAGACAUCUCUCCCUGGUCUGUUCCAAUACUGUAAUCGCUGGCCUGCUGAGCAAAGGGACAAGUUCGCUAUCGCGACCGGUCUCAUAAUGGCCCAAGGCUUGUCCACCUCAGCUCCCCUACUUAGCUUAGCUAAGGACCAUCUUGUCAAAGAUUUUUUGGCUCUGAAUGUUCUUACCGUCAUAUUCCGCACCUAUCUCGUUGAUCAAACGAUGGAACAUCUCAACAGUACACUUCGCAAGGGCGGCGUGAAAAACAUCCUCCUCUUCCUCCCUGCGAACAAACGAGACGCAAAGACGCUUGAAGACCAUUUCAAAAAGGCUGGCCUCCCGCAGGUCGCCGAGUGGUUUAUCCGCAAACAGUCCGCAGCGGCCAGGGAGAGCGUUGUAAAGACCCUCAAGGAGCUUUGCGAAGAUGAAAAUAGAUCAACUGAUGAGAUCGUUGAAGCUCUGAAAUCAAGUCAGGAGGAACAGCCGAUCCCAGCGACGGAUUUCGUCGGCUGUAUCUGGCAAGGUCUUACGGGUAUCAUCGACUGGUCCACGCGUGCAGACCAGAUUGAGGCGGUCGUCCUCCGCGAAGUCGACAAAUACGCACCCGUCCUCGAGCCAUUCUGCGAAAGCGCCAAAACACAAGUAGCGCUCAUCAACGCGGUGCAAGUAUACGCCUACGAAGAAACGCGCGUUAUGAAGACGUUCCCUCAGAUACUCAAGAUUCUGUACAACAAAGACUGUAUCUCCGCACAAGCAAUCAUCUACUGGCAUCAGAAGGGUGCGAAGCCACAGGGCAAACAGCAUUUCCUCAAAGCAACCGAGGCGCUCGUCAAGUUCCUAGAAGCUCAGGAAGACGAGAGUGAUGAGGAAGAGGAGUAGUGAUACUCCACUUUAUCUCACUUUACAACGACUUUCUUCGAGCUGAUGUGAUGUGAAUGUAUGCUCUGUAAAGAUGGACCAGUGACAUAAAAGCUUUCGAUCUCGCAUGUCUUUCCACUCAUUCUUUCUUUCCUGUGCUAGCUAUCGUUAGUAGGUAGGGAUGGAUUCAUACAUACAUUCCUUGAAAUCCUUGUUGUAUCUCCUGAUCGCGUCCUUGCCAGUAGAACAAAAUACCAAGCUAGCGGCUUUCCGUACGGACUAGUAAGAUAGGAAAUAAAUCGAGUUCAUAA